ACCCCCCCCCCCACCCUAUGACGAUUGAGUGGAAAACCGGAAGAGCCAAAGGUAAUUCCCACAAACAUGGCGGCUGAUUUUUUGCGGGAGAGGCAUCCGCUAGUGAAUUUCGGAGUAACGAGGGAUGGGAGAGUCUUUUUCAUCGAUGAUAAAACACGUACUACUUCGUGGCUUCAUCCACUAAAAAGAAAUCCGAUGCAAACGGGCCAUAGCAGAGUACCAGGACUGCCAGAUGGUUGGGAACAAGCCGUGACACCAGAGGGCGCAAUCUACUUCAUAGAUCACAACACACACACAACGACCUUUGAGCACCCAGUGACGGGAGGAACAGUCAACCAUGGGAGUCCUAUACACAGAUCACCAACUUCUGCUGCCUCUCCCCCAAACAGUCCUGGGCACAGACCUCCAAAAUCACCAAUAAGAUCUCCAACAAAGCUAAGAGCUUUAAAGGCGCCAGCAGCCAGGCGAGAGGAAACUGCCAUGGUGACCAUAAGAGGCUGGCUGUAUCGCCAGGAGGGUAGUGGCCUAAAGUCAUGGAAAAAAAGAUGGUGUGUCCUCGCAGACUUUGGACUUUACUUCUACAAAGAUGACAAGGAGCGGCAUUCUGUUAGCUCCAUCCUGUUGCCCAGCUACCAGAUAUCCCGGUGUGUGCUUGGAGAAACCAACAAGAAAUUCUCCUUCAAGGCUGAGCACAACAACAUGAAGACUUGUUUUUUCGCUUCUGACAAUCAAGGGGACAUGGAGAGAUGGAUCAAAGCCUUGGAACUAGCAGCUGCCUUAAAAGGAGUUCCCAAGAGAUCUCCAGAACCAAACAACAACACACCAAAAUUGAUUCCCAAGUCAGCGUUCAUGGAAUGGGAUGAAGAUGAGGAUGAAGAUGUGAAGAAGAGGUUCAGUGGACCACCAGAAUUUCCUCCGUCCAGGAAGACUCAUCAACAGUCAGCUUUCGGGCCUUAUCAAGGAGAAGGACAGCCUCAAUUUUCUCCAAAUAGUGAUAGAGGCCAAUACUCUGAAAAUCGUGACCCAACUCAAAGAAGAUACGAACAAUUUCCAUCAGAUCCAAGAGCCCAGCAAGUGCACCAUAGGCCACCGAACAGACAACCAGACAGAGGAAGGCCUCAUAGUGAGGAAAUCCCACCCUCCAGAAACUACCAAAAAGACAAUUCAUUACGACACGACAACCCUCAAAACAGGCGGUUUACCCUCGAUCCAAAUUCUCAGGAAAGAUCUUACAAUGACCAUGAUCCGAGGAACACGUAUCCUAGAAUGAAUACUCAGGAGAGUCGUGCUCGGAAUUACCAGGACGAAGUGAACGGGAUGCAAGGUUUACACGGCAGAGUACCGGACUACAGCAGGGCAGCUUAUGACAGGGAACCAGUCAGGCAGGAUAAUCAAGAUGAUGUUUAUAGCAAACCUGUGAAAAAACUGAAUCGUGAUCUCUCGCCUCAUGAAAGGUUUGAAGAGAGAGGCGGGCAUCAUAGGUCAAAGGAGUAUAGAGUUCAAGGUCAAAGAUCACCUGGUGGAAAGGCUGAUGACAAUCCGUAUGUUCCCAUGGGUCAAUAUGAUCCAAGAUCUAAUGAGCGACCAGACAUCAUCCCUCCCUCAAAUCAUUCUCGAGAAACCAGCGAGACCAGUAACUAUGGCUACUACUCCCCUCAGAGAGCUGAGGCACAGCUGGAUCGUAACUACAGCAGAGAUGAGAGGGGGUACCCUCAGGAUCCCCAGAUUCUGAGGCACGGGAGAAUCAGGCCAGAGCACGAUGAGAACUACCCCGGCCGCUCCUCCCACCAACAGCCCAAGGAGCCCCCUAGGCUGUACCUCACUGAAGACCAACCACCCAAUGGCCAGCCCAAUGGUCAACCACAGCCAACCAAUAGGGAAAAUCUCAGCUUGCCCAUCAGUCAGAACAACCUGUACGUUGAUAUUCCCCAUACCUAUGUCAAUAUUGGGGAUGCCCUGUCUCACAGGUACGAUGACCAGGUCAGCCCCGCCCCUAACCGCCCACCACUCCCGACAGCAGUACGCUCUCAGUAUGUGGAGGAAUUAGCACAGGCCAAGACUCCAAAGACGUCGCGGGAACUCAUUAACGCUGAGAAAGCUUUAGAAAUACGAAUGCAGCAGCCAGCUUAUUUCAAUUAUCCCACACCCACCAACGAAGCAGCACCUCAAUUCCCUAGAGGAGGCAAUAAUUACCAAGGCAAUCAUCUACACCCUGGAUACGAAGGCAAUCCACGGCAGAAUGAAGCUGGCCAGAGAAACCAGAAUGGCUAUAAGACAAAUCCCAACAAUCAGCAGGGUGAUGAUAGCUCAGAGGAGCCAAGGAUAGUUAAGGAAUUUCACUCAGUCUCAAUGCUAAGGUCAGGCUCAAAAGAGGUGCUCAAGAGUCUUGACGCCAGCGACCUUGCUCGCAGGCGAAUGAACAGUCCGGAUAACUCCAUCUCGAGACAGCUGAGUAGGAGUGGGUCUCCGGAAGAAGAAGAACAUAUGCAUGAUGAUGAAGUAGAUAGAAUCAACAUUAAAAAUGAUCAAUACUUGAUGAAUGAAAGUUCACAUUCAAUGAAUGAACAUAGUAGAGACCAUGAUCAAAGUUUCUCAAUGCAUCAAAACGAAAGGCGGGAUUACGAUCAGUCAGAAAGGAACUCUAUCAGUGAACCCAAAGUAGUCAAUGAGUCCACACAGCCAACCAAUCAAAGACAUUCUUUGGAUGGUUUCAAUGUCAACCGAGUCAAUAACUUGUUUAUACAGAAUGCCCCAAUGAAUGAUAAAUCCACCAACCUAAGUUUUGACGGAGCUUUACCCCAGGGUGGCAGACACUCAUCACGACCCGUGAUGGAUGGUUACAGGUACAAUGCAGAAGACGAUGCCGAAAGUGAGACUGACGUCAAAAAGAGGCUCUCCACUGCAAGUUCCCAAAUGUCCAGGAGGGAGGAGUCAGAGGGUCGGAGGCCCCACCCACAACCUGUCUAUCAAAGACAAGAUGCAGGAAACAGAAAGGGAAACAAGAAGCCUCCACCUAUGGGGAUGAUCCAUACUGUCAGAGAGGACCCAAACAUGCCCGACUCCCAAGUCAUUGAAACUGCAGGACUUCCCAAUAUGAACAAAAAAUAUCCUUUGGGAGGCAGCCGAAUCAGAAUGAGCAUCUGUGCUGGCGACCUCAUUGGAAAAACGCAUGAUGAGUUGGUGCUGAUGCUGAUACAGCUCAGGAGAGAACAGGCAGCUGAAGAAAAUGUCCGCAACUUUAUCAGACAGAGGCUGGAGGAGAGACGGCCGGGCGAACAUCGAUACAGACAGAUGGUUCGAAAUUCGGGAGGGGGACCUGUAGACAUCAGCUUAGAGGAGGAUCACAACGAUUAUGUGGGAUUGAAGCAUCAGCUGGAAGAUGUUGAAAACAGGUUGGAAGUAUACCGACCCUUGGUGAACUUGGUCCACAACAUGGUCAACAUGGGCAGCUUGUACGGGGGCGACAACUACAUGAUGGCUAGCCAGUACAGAAAGCACCUGCUAUCUCCUGAGGAGUACACUCCUCCAAAGAAGAUGAUCGAGUUCUCACGUAAACACCAGGAGGAUGAAAUGGUGCAGACUCUAAGGGAGGAGAUCCAACAGCUGACCAAGGAUGAAGCUGACCUAGAGGAGAAGUUAGAGAGGCUGUAUGAACUGGACCGCAUGUUACAGGAGCAGUCCUUCAAGGUCACCAGUCUACAGGAGGACAAGGACAUGCUGGAGUUGGCUUUACAAGGAAUCCUCAGACAACAGGACAUGAGUCGAGACCACCCUCGCGAACUUGACAAUUUCCUCCGACAGCAGAGGAUGAUAGAGAAAGAACACUCCCGAAUCAUGCAGUUUCUGGCACAGGCUUCUAAGGAACUGGAAGAAACAACGGCAGAGAACAAUAAAGUGGAACAUGAGGUGGCUCUUUUGAGGUCAAAGGUUCAUGGAGAACUUAAUCGUAGCAAGAGUGCACCAUCUCUGUCUGAAGAGAACUACAAGAACAAAGUGAAGAUGGAGAAGGAUCUGGCCCGAGUACAGGACAUGAUGGCGGGACUGACAGAGCAGCAGGCCGAGCUGUCGGAGGCCAUGAAACGCUUCCGCCGACUGUCCUCAGGAGGGGGACUAGAAAACAUGCUGGAAAAAUCAGAAAAAGAGGCACCCAAAACAAACAGAAACAAUGCGGUGGAGAAACUGCCCAGCAUGUAUCUGGAAACUGACCUUGACACUGGGGACUCCAAGGACCUGUCUCAGGUCCAACAGGUGCUCCACAGCUACAACUCACUGCCCCGGGGUGCCGGCUACCCACUGGAGAACACUGACACUGACACAGCCAGAUUUGAAACCCUAGUUGCCCAGAAUAAUGUUUCCCUGGAGGGCUCCUCUCUCUCCCCAGGAGGUGCUCCUUUAGAGGGCCCUGAGAGCCAGUGGGACAUCUCCGAGGCCGAUGAAAACACCAAGCGCUUCUUUGGUAUUAUUCCCAAAGAGAAAUCCAAAGUGUUAACUGUUAGAGACGUGAAGCGGCAAUCUGAACAGCGCAAAGAAAAUCACAAAACUCAUCGGGAGGAUUUUAGCCCUGACCCCUCCUGGAAUCAUAAAGGAGAGUCAAGUGACCAGGCUGUAGAGCCACAAACAGCUAACUCUGCUGGUAACCACCCAGUAUAUGAGAAUCUGCCUCCGGUAAAUUCAAGCAAACCCUGGUCCUCUGUGUUGCCUAGCAAUCCUUCCUCUGCUCCAUCCUCACGGCGCUCUUCUAGCCUCCAUCUGAUGGGGCCGCGACCUUUCGUACCCUUCCACCUGCAAUCUCACACCCCUUCCCCUGUUACUCAUGUGGAAUCCCCAGUCACUGUCUCCAUCAAUAGCAGCUCAUUUCACCAGCCCAGCAGGGAUGGUGUGGUCAAAGCCACUCGAAUCAUAGUCCAGCCACCGUUCAAUGAUGAAGCGAACCACACGAACCGAUCCAUGACAGGCAGUGCUCACAGUUCCACGGGGAUGUUCAAUGUGAAGCGGACCCCCAGGGGGCGGUACAUGACCAUCUCCAGCAGUGAGCCGGUCAGGCUAGAGACCUCUCUCAUCACGCCCACCUCCCCUAACACUGCUGCAGGGGACCUGAUCACCAACAGAAUGGACAUGGUUCCAGACAUUGUCAAGAGUUCCCAGAAGACGCCCCACCAGUUGGAUGAAGAGGCCAUAGAGAGGGAAAUUCUGUAUGUGCCCAAUAAAGUGGAAAUCCCCGAGAGGUACAUCCCCGACUCGGACGACGAGAGCGUCACGGAGGAAGAGAAGAUCAAACGGGAGGAAAAGGCAGAGAAAAUCAAACGACUGCUCACCAACUCCAGUGUUCAGCACUCACUUUCUCAGCCAGACGUCAGCCAGGUGGGCGAGAUACACCAACAGGCUCACGAGCAGAAGAUCAAGCGAGCUCAUCUCCUGGAAGUCAGCCAAGAAUUGGCCAAACAGGUCACCCUCAAAUCUAGGCAGGCAGCUGCUGAGCGAGCCAAGCGGAGAAAGACAUGGUCUGGGUCCCCGAGUAAGGUCCCUGAUCCAGUUCUGGAUGCAAACGACUUAGAGGUCGACCGAACCAUGGGCAGUAUGGAGUACUUGGCCCCCCAUCACCGCAGGCAGGAAAACAUGUACAUAUAGGGUCACUUGAGACAGGAAAACAUGUACCAGACCAGAGAUCUUGUACGUGUACACAUGGGCCAUCUUACAGAUCUUGAAAACCAUCAAAUUUAGUACAAAUGAAAUGCAAUAGAAAAGUUGCAAUUUGUAACGAGAACUUGGACACAAAUAGUUUGUUGCAGUUUGUAAGAGCAAGAUACAGUCAUGCAAUUACCUAUAAAAAAAGAAAGAUAUCGGGUUUUCUAUGCAGUAUUCUGAAUUAGGACAAUGUGGAAGAGUAUGUUCAUUUCAAAUUUAAUUUGAAUCUUAUUUUCUGUUUAACAUGUUUGAUGUACGAAGGCCUCUAAAUGCCUUUAGUAACAGUGCUAAUGAAAGAUGAGGGGAAAGUGUUUUCUAAACAAGAGAGGUGGUGUCAUGCACCUCUCCAAUAAUCGGCCAUGUUUUUUGACUUAACAGCACUCAAUACAAUAUUUCAAUGUAAAUUAUAAUGCACUGUUCUGGUCAAGAUAAAGAAAGAUAAAUGGAGCCAAAGAAAUGCUUUUAACAAACUGUGUACUAUAUGUAAUAUAUAAGCUGUGUACUGCUUAGCUGCCUUGUUUGUGUAAAUUUUGCUUCUGCCGUGUGGAGUAGCUAGUGUUUAGUAUGUCCUACCUCAUAACCAGCUCUGAUAUGAUUUGAGAUUAUUACACUUGAGUUGCUAAAAAAUUUACGUUCAUUCUGUGGUGUUUUUUUUGUCUAUGACAUAGUAUGUAAAAGUUUGUUUAGUGUUGGUGCUGUUUUGUUAACCACAGAAUCUUGAAUGUCUUGAUUCUGUAUAUUAAAUGUGAGAACUAAUGAAGGUUGUGUAGAUCACAUUCAGUGACAAAUUGUUCCAAUACAUUUUUUCUACAUUCCGUUAUGGGUUUCUUUUGUCAAUUUACAAAAUAAAACAAUUAUAUCAAUAUUCUAUAACCUUCAGCUGCAAUGUAUGCAAUAUAUAAUGUCGGUAAUUUUGACAUUUUUUUUAAUACGUGUAGAUAAAUGUGGUUGUGAAAUUGUUGGCACUAUUGUUCGAUACUGUUGAAUAUAUAUUUAGUAUGCCGCAUAGCAUAGAGUAAAUUUUCUAUUUGACUUGAAUACGAUUUAUAAAAUGUUUAUAUAUAUGUGUAAUGUAAAGUGUGUCAUGUCACAAAUGAACAAUGCAUAUCAUUGUUAACAUAAUAUCUCAUUUACAUAAACAUUCUUGAUAUUGUUUCAUUGUUGCUAUUAUUAAUUGAUACAUUUAUAAUAUUUUAUGAAUUCUAUAUAUUAUAUUUUUUUCUAAAUAUAUAAAAUUAAAAAUUAGAAAAAUAUUA